UUGCAGCCUUCUGAAGCGCUUUGACGUCUCUGAAGGGCUUUGUGUUCCAAACUAAAUGGAAGCGCUUCGUAGUCCCGGAAGCGCUUUGACAUCUCCGAAGUAGCGCCAUGCAAACUGGAGCUCUGGGUGAUCGCGGAAGCACGCUGUGGGCUUGAAAGUCGAACCGGAGCCUUUGGCAAAUCUUGGAUCGUUCUGACUUCUCCGAAGCGCUUUGGAAUCGCAAGCAGUCGAAGCGCUUUGGCAUCUCUGGAACCGUGAGAACUGUGAUGGGCAGUGGAAAGAAGGGGGAAAGGUGCCCAUGGCGUCGGAGCGGCGCAAGGUCAAGUACCACUGGAGCAGCACUUCGGGAGGGUGUCCCCGCAAGCGCAGCUGCCCCCGGGAGCCCGGUGAUGUGGCCCCCGCCCGCCGGUCCGCUCACAGCUCCGCGUCGCGUUCGGGAGGGGCUGGCAGCCCCAAGCGCCUGAAAGCCCAGCACGAGGACGAUGUGGCCCGCGCGCCGCGGCUGUCCCGGGGCUCAUCCCGCCGCGGAAAUUCCUCCUCCUCCUCCCAUUCGUCUGGCCCAGGCGUGGGCGGGGCUGCCUCCCAAGGCGGCCUGAUUCGGAGCACACAGGGGUUCCUUUCGUCGAGGGAACCCCUUCCGCGCCCUGCCAACCCCUCGCUAGAAGAGAUGGCUUCUCUCGAGGAGGGAGCCUGCAGCCUUAAGGUUGAUUCCAAAGAUAGUUCUCGUAAUUCCAUGAACUCUGAAUUUGCAGCUGAAGCUGAAGGUCAGAAUGAUGCGACUGAGGAACCAAACAAGGUCCAGAAAAGGAAGAGGGAUAGACUUCGAGACCAAGGCUCUACAGUCAUCUACCUGAAGGCUCUCCAGGGCAUUCUGGGAAAGUCAAUGCCUAAAAGGAAGGGAGAGGCUACCUCUAGGGCAAAACCAAGCACAGGAGAGCCUCCCAGCCGCAGAGAAGGACCAGCCAGGAGUGUCACUGUGUCUGCUCCUCAGAAAGAGAGAGAGUCAGCCCCAGAAGUCAGAGCAGAGGAGAAAAAGCCUGUUCUGGAGGAGAGCAGCUUCUGCGACAGGAGAGUGGUGAUAGACCCUCAGGAGAAACCCAGAGAGGAGCCACCUGGGGACCGAAGGACAGUCAUUGACAAGUGCUCUCCACCCCUAGAGUUUUUGGAUGACUCUGACUCUCAUUUAGAAAGCCAAAAGCCUAAAGAAAGGGAGGUGGUGAUAGAGCACACCUCUUCAGGAAGUGACUGGUCCGAUGUGGAUGAGAUCUCCACGGUCAGAUUCUCUCAGGAGGAGCCUGUCUCGCUGAAACUCCCAGCAGUUCCAGAGCCUUCUACCUUCCCCACUGACUAUGUCAUGUACCCAGCUCAUUUGUACAGUAGUCCUUGGUGUGACUACGCCAGCUUUUGGACCAGCAGUCCCAAGCCUUCUAGCUACCCCUCCGCGGGUGGCAGCAGCAGCAGCAAUGACACAUCGCAGGCUGGGAGGAGUAGCCGGGGCUUCCUGAGUGAUUAUUCUCCCAACUCUACGGUGAGCUCCCAAAACACCUCCAGAGACUUGGAGGCGACAGAGGAGGGCAGAUCCCAGAAUUCUCGUUCAUUUCGUUUCUCCAGGAGCUCGGAAGAAGAGGUGAAGGAGAGAAGGACUUUCCAGGAGGAGAUGCCACCACGUCCUUGCGGAGGACGUGCAUCUAGCUCCCUGCCAAGGAGCCAUCGGGAGCCAAGCCUAGAGGAGGGUUUCAUCGAUACCCAUUGUCACUUGGACAUGCUCUAUUCCAAGUUGUCUUUCAAAGGGACCUUUACCAAGUUCAGAAAAAUUUAUAGCAGCUCCUUCCCUAAGGAAUUUCAGGGCUGCAUCUCUGACUUCUGUGAUCCUCGGACACUGACAGAUUGCCUGUGGGAGGAGCUGCUGAAAGAGGAUCUGGUUUGGGGGGCCUUUGGCUGUCACCCUCAUUUUGCACGUUACUACAGUGACAUUCAAGAAAGAAAUCUUUUGCAAGCCUUAAGGCACCCCAAAGCUGUGGCAUUUGGGGAAAUGGGCUUGGAUUACUCUUACAAGUGCACCACGCCUGUCCCAGAGCAGCACAAGGUGUUUGAGAGACAGCUGCAGCUGGCCGUGUCUCUAAAGAAGCCCUUGGUGAUCCACUGCCGAGAAGCUGACGAAGAUCUGCUGGACAUCAUGAAAAAAUUUGUGCCCUCGGACUACAAGAUCCAUAGGCAUUGCUUCACCGGCAGCUACCCGGUCAUCGAGCCCCUGUUGAAACACUUCCCCAACAUGUCUGUGGGCUUCACGGCAGUACUGACUUACUCCUCUGCCUGGGAGGCCCGGGAAGCUCUGAAACAGAUCCCACUGGAGAGAAUCAUCGUGGAAACUGAUGCUCCCUACUUCCUGCCUCGACAGGUUCCCAGAAGCCUCUGCCAGUAUGCCCACCCAGGCCUGGCCUUGCAUACGGUUCGAGAGAUUGCCAGGGUCAAAGAUCAGCCGCUCUCCCGUACUUUGGCCACUCUGCGUGAGAACACCAGUCGCCUCUACAACCUUUAAGCAGAGAGGGUGCAGUCAGGAGUCUCCCAGAAAAGGACGACCAGCAGCCUGACGGAACAUAGGCUGGCUUUGACCUCUGCCUGUGUCCCGGGUCAAGGAUGUGUUUGGAGAGCCCAUUGGAGUGGAGAAAACCAGGCAGGAUGUUUUCCUUGAAACCUCAUCAUAAGGCUUCUGCUUCCAGCUGGGGGGUGGUGUGGGGUGGGGUGCAGUAGAGGGGGAUUAGGGCUGGGUUUUGCCUCCUGGCCACAGUGCUCCAGGACAGUCAGUGAAGGAGAAAGUGGCUGAUAUAAGGGUGCAACAAGUUUGCUAAUCCACAUCCCUCUUUUCUGCAGCCUGUGUUUUUAACAGUCUGUGAAUAAAGUCCCCCUCCUACUCGUCUAAGCAUAUGUGGGCGUGUAACUCGGUUCCUGGUUCUCAGUUCUAAAAAUGAACUCCUAAGUGGGAAAUCUCUGGGGGACAUUCACUGGAGACUUGUCUCAGAGGUUUAUUUUCCUGCAACCCAUGAAGUCAUCCCCCUUCCUUCCCUGGAUAACUCUUCAAUUUGGCUGUCACUGUUGCUGCAUCAGCACAGGCGAAAGGACCUUGGCUGCUGGUCUCACUGGUUCCACUGCCAUCAAUAUGGAGGGGCAGAGGAGUGAUGGUUGUCCAGGGAAAGUCCUGGCAGAUGGCGAUCCUGACAGAUUGGGGGACUCAAGGAAGAGGACUUCUUGAGGAAGAGGACCCC